AUGGAGUUCUGGCAUUUGAAAAGGGAGUUCUGGCGUUUGAAAAGGGAGUUCUGGCAUUUGAAAAGGGACUUCUGGCAUUUGAAAAGGGACUUCUGGCAUUUGAAAAGGGACUUCUGGCAUUUGAAAAGGGAGGUCUGGCAUUUGAAAAGGGAGUUCUGGCAUUUGAAAAUGGAGUUCUGGCAUUUGAAAACCAAGUUCUGGCAUUUGAAAAAGGAGUUCUGGCAUUUGAAAAGGGAGUUCUGGCAUUUGAAAGGGAGUUCUGGCAUUUGAAAAGGGAGUUCUGGCAGUUUGAAAAGGGAGUUCUGGCAUUUGAAAAGGGAGUUCUGGCGUUUGAAAAGGGACUUCUGGCAUUUGAAAAGGGACUUCUGGCAUUUGAAAAGGGACUUCUGGCAUUUGAAAAGGGACUUCUGGCAUUUGAAAAGGGAGUUCUGGCAUUUGAAAAUGGAGUUCUGGCAUUUGAAAACCAAGUUCUGGCAUUUGAAAAAGGAGUUCUGGCAUUUGAAAAGGGAGUUCUGGCAUUUGAAAGGGAGUUCUGGCAUUUGAAAAGGGAGUUCUGGCAUUUGAAAAGGGAGUUCUGGCAUUUGAAAAGGGAGUUCUGGCAUUUGAAAAGGGAGUUCUGGCAUUUGAAAAGGGAGUUCUGGCAUUUGAAAAGGGAGUUCUGGCAUUUGAAAAGGGAGUUCUGGCAUUUGAAAAGGGAGGUCUGGCAUUUGAAAAGGGAGUUCUGGCAUUUGAAAAUGGAGUUCUGGCAUUUGAAAACCAAGUUCUGGCAUUUGAAAACCAAGUUCUGGCAUUUGAAAAGAGAGUUCUGGCAUUUGAAAAGAGAGUUCUGGCAUUUGAAAGGGAGUUCUGGCAUUUGAAAAGGGAGUUCUGGCGUUUGAACAGGGAGUUCUGGCAUUUGAAAAGGGAGUUCUGGCAUUUGAAAAGGGAGUUCUGGCAUUUGAAAGGGAGUUCUGGCAUUUGAAAAGGGAGUUCUGGCAUUUGAAAAGGGAGUUCUGGCAUUUGAAAAGGGAGGUCUGGCAUUUGAAAAGGGAGUUCUGGCAUUUGAAAAUGGAGUUCUGGCAUUUGAAAACCAAGAUCUGGCAUUUGAAAAGGGAGUUCUGGCAUUUGAAAAGGGAGUUCUGGCAUUUGAAAGGGAGUUCUGGCAUUUGAAAAGGGAGUUCUGGCAUUUGAAAACCAACUCGAUUAUGGUUUUCAACCCCUUGGUCUUGAAAAGGUCAUAUGAUACCAAAGUAAAUAUGCAUAUAGCAAGAGAUCCGCGUACCAGACUUCUUACGCGAGUUAUCGCACCCUGUAGAAGUCAUGCUUUUUUCAUUGACAUAAUUUGAAAAUUUUUUGCAGCUUGGAUAUUGUUCACUUGAAUGAAAGUCAGUUGGUCACAGAAGCGUCCGAUGAGGAGCUUGAUCUUUACGAAGAUGACGAUGAUUCAAAUGGUAUGGUAAUGGUUGAUCCUUUAUUUAUAUACUGCCCGCCUAGAUUAGCUUUUGCUAUUUGCAGGCAGUAAUUUAUUUGCGUAAAAUUUGUAAUUUGAAAUAAUAAUAAAUGUGUGUAAAUGUAUGUAUGUGUCAGUCUGUCCUUACCAUCAAUACCAGGGUUUGUACAAAACUUGAAAGUUCUUUAAUGUCCUUGAAUUUGAAAAGAAAAAUUCAAGGCCUUGAAUGUCCUGGAAUUUGUAAAGAAGUACUUGAAAGUCCUUAAAUUUUUCUUGCUUUAGUUUUUGGAUAUUUUCUGAGAUUGUUUGGCAUUCAAAACGGACAUUUUGUUGAAUUGAUUUUGCAUGUUCAUAUCUGACAAAGCCGUUUGAAACUCAUUGAACAAAUGUUACUGAUUUCUAACCCCUUUUCUUCAGUAUUUAGUCUUUGAAUUUGCUGAUACAUGGUCUUGAAUGUCCUUGAAAAGUCCUUGAAUUUGACUCUUCCUCACAUGUGCGAACCCUGUCAAUACUCUCACCCGAGCACAUGUGGUCUCGUGUUCACCACGCUUGCCUUUCAUGCAAGCUGGGAGACCCGGGUUCAAUCCUUAUAGUCGGACCUCUACUUCAAGGUCUUAAAAUAAUUGAGGAGAAAGAGCUACCUUUACAUUGACAUCAGUAAAUGCGUCUUCAUUGAUAAGGACGUUAACUCGUAGGUAUACGUCGGAACCCUUUAACAACUGGGCAAUAGCCUGUAAACUCAAUAAACUGAACAAUAAACUAUGUAAUAUACCGCGUCAGUUAAAAAACAGCACUGUAGAAUGGGAAUUUUUGAAAACACUUUCGAAGGCCAUGAUUGUGAAUGUUCCUCUAUAGAUGAGAGCAACUGGCGAAACGAUUAUCCCGAUGAGGACGAGUGGAAUGGAAGUUCUGAUGAGGAACCACGAUAUAGUAAUGAACACUUUGAUUAUGGUAAGUUACAUUUAAUCCCCUUGUGUAGUGAUUGUACAUUCAGUAGUGCGGUAAUAAAUUUGUAUUGGAAAGGUUAUACUAUACCAAGUUACGGUUGUGUGUGCUACUCCUACAUUGAUUUGUGACGAGAGAAAAUCCCGUUUUGAGAAAAUAUUUUCAAACAUGUGUUUUAAGGAUACGGUGGAACGAAAAUGUUUUCUAAGGAAUUAUCAAGUGACGAAGAACUGGAUUACUAUGGGUAAGAUAAUUGUUCAACCCGGGCCUGGAAAUAGAUGGUUUCUUCCUGUGACAAUAAUCGAACAAAACAAUUCUGCCAAUAUUAAUUAAUGGGCUGCGGGGGGAUCGAAGAAUAUUAACGGUUAUAAAGUCUUAUAAGCAUUUGGGGCGUCUGUCUCAACACAUCGUAUAUACAAACUUCAUGUUAUUGUCUCUUAACAAUAGUGCUUGAAUUUUCUAAUAUUUUCUAUUUCAACACAACGUAGGAGAAAUGAGGGUGAAUAUAAUUACGAGAUCGUCGAUGAGGAGCACUAUUAA